AUGCUGGUCGCCACAGCGUCCGUUACAUCUCAUGGCUGUGCCACCGAUCUUUCGACGAAGACAAGAUCAGCGUCCGUCACGAUGGAAGGUGAAAGUGUUAGGAGUGACGAACGGCAUCACGUUAACGUGAGGGGAGAUGAGAGCGAAGGUGUUAGUGUGUCUCUACUUUCCACACGUCACACGGUUCACGCUCUCAACAAGCAGUCAUCCAGCGCGUGGGUGACGACAAAGCUAGUAGAGCAAUGUGUCACGGGCUACCGAGAUGCACUCUUGGUCAUUCGGGAAUAUGGACACCGGGUUGAGGGAGAAGGUCUGCAUCUGCGGUUGCAACUUGGUGAGGCCCACCGCGAACUUCAAAGUAAAGGUGGGCUGGGGGCCUCUGUUACGCAUAUUGUCGAGAAGCAGCUCUCGGAACAUUUGAUGCAGAACGGUAACGCGAACAUCUCUCCCCGUUCCGAGUCCUUACGACACCGUCAGAUUUUGCGCGACAUGAAACACCUAGCACACGGGCUUUUAAUACCUCUCGAUAUCUUCCGGCAUCAGCACAACUGGCUGUUAGUGCAAGAGGAUGUCCAACUAAGUCUGGCCGAUCGACUCCGACACUACCGUGUGGUGGUGCGACAGGCUCCACCACCCGCUUUAGUGGAACGCCUCUGGUUUGACCUCUGGGCGCUUUUGGGCGCAGCGUGGCGGCAGCGCGGACGGCUUCUAGGAGUUUAUGCGGAGGGUGUUCUUCCAGUUAACGUGGAUGGUGGCACCGCAGUUGUUCCACCGUCAGUUUUGAGCCCCCCAUCGCACCGUGAAGCCUAUCGUGAGGGGCAACGUGAAUACCGCUCCAAGCGGAUGGAGGGAUCGCCGGCCAGUGGGGUACCGGCGGAUGCCGACGAUUGUUACGCAUUUGGCCCAAUUACGCCACAUCGAGUGGGAAUCAUGCCAUCGCGCCACUACACCAUCCGAUGGCCACUCAUGUCAAUUUUACGUUCCCUGCGUGUGCGUGUGGCUGGCAAGAAACCGGGGUCGGAGUCCGGAAUAAGGAUUGCAAUGUCAGCAGGGUCACUAGGGGAACCGAAGGAUGACCACCAAGAGGAAUCUGACAAAUGUGCACAGACCUCUCGUGGGUCUGAUUUCUUUUCUCCGAGGGUGUCUUGCGGGUCCGUUGGUGGUAGCUCACAGGAAUAUCCUGCUGCCUUUUUUGACCUAUCGUCAGAAGAUAUCGAAACGUGCCGUGUGCCAUACUUGUCCCCAGAGUGCUUCACACAAAGGUUUCGUAGCGCUGGAUGCCAUUCGAGUGAACCAGUGGAAGUUUCUGUGUCUCAUCGGUUCUCUGAUGAUGUCUGGAACAUAGCCGUCCUCACCAUAGAAUUUAUGUUGACUAACUUUCCCCUCGAACAAAGUUGCUGCCACCACGCGAGUUACCAAGGUUUCAGAACAAGUUUUAUAUUCGAUGAUAUUAUUGAGUUGCUCGUAGUAUAUCACAACAUACCGCUUAGAGCCGCGCAAAACUUCGUUUACGCAGCAUUGCACGAGCUUUCACUGCUCGUGUCGGGGGUUGAACAAGUUGGUGUAGAUUCAGGUGAAGGUAGCGUACUGACUCCGCGCUGCCUGGCCCAGCAAUGGAAGGACUAUUUAAGUGAAACGUGUAGUAACAGUACUGUGCUGCGGGAGGUGGUGACAAACGGUUUGCUAUGGCUGCGCCGUGAGCGGUGGGAGGUUUUUCAAACUGUUCACUCUCUUGACGAUUAUAAGGAGGGAGAGUGUGGCAACGGGAGCAACGGGUGUAUCGGGGGUGACGACAACGAGAAGAAUACCAGCAGCCGGUACGGGGACGGUGCAGCGAAGAGGGUAUUGGACACUUUGGUAAGCCCUUAUCUGCCGCUGAAUCCGGCUCUCUGUUCCGCUGUGUUACGGGAAGGCGGGGAGGCAUCUCAAGGCUCACUUAGCAUCACGGGUUCGAUUCAGCAGUGGUGUGAAAAAGAGGAUGCGUUUUGGCAUACGCAAUUUGAUGAUCUACAAUCGACGGUGCAGAAAUGGAGGAAGUGUAUUGAACGCUACACGGUGCUCGGUGGUAUGAGCGGUAAAGGUAAUGAGGCGAGGCAAACUGUUCUUUUCAAGCGUCUCGUUCGGGUCGUACGAUCGGUGCUGCAGCUUCAACUCGAGAAGGUAAAGGCUGGUGAUCAAACCAAGACCAUUCUCCUAAGCAGUGACAGGGAAUCCCGCCGUAUGCAGCGGGGGGAGGUCCUGAGUCAUGCUGUGCAACAGGAGCUUUUGCGUGGCUUAACGGAGCGUGGUGCUCUUUUUAUGCACAUUUUGGAUCUUGUGCCGAAUCAAUUCGUACCCACCAAUUCCACCGUUGCAGGUGAUGCCCUCACCAGGGUGGUUCCGUUUUGCGGUGUCUUUAUGUCCAUCUCGCACACUCUUUCGCAGCUGGAGAAGGACAUGGCUCAACUUACUGAGUUGUCACCAGCGUCGACGGCGCCCUUCCGUGCCCUUGACACCAUUUUGGGAGUGGAGUACAACGCUGCACGUGUGACACACUUAUCGGCCUGUCAGUUGAAUGAGGAGGCGGAUGAGGGGAAAUUGAGUAUGUUAGAAAAUGUUAGGUCUGUCAUUCGUCAGUUAGACCUCGACCUGAAGAUGCAGGUGAAACUGGUGAAAGAUAUGAGGUGUCUGAUGUGCACCAGCGUUCCCGUGGAAACGCGUGCUUCGCUCGUGCGACAGUACUUACUUCGCACCCAGGCGGCACAUGGGACUGUAGAGGUUCCUAUUCCAGCUACUCUUCGUGGUGAGAUAUGGGCCGUCCUUCUGUUGGUGUCCCCGGAACCUGAGGAACGAGCGUCUAGAUAUUUUGCGCUGGACACGGCGCGACCAACGCCGUGCAACCGUCAGUUAUCUGUCGACAUCCCACGUUGUCAUCAGUAUCACCCACUACUGGCAUCAUCAGAUGGUCACGAACGAAUGUGGCGUAUCAUCAAGGCGUGGUUAUUGCUGAAUCCCGAGCUGUCGUACUGGCAGGGGUUGGAUAGCGUCUGUGCUGUUCUGCUUGCCGCGUCUUUCCACGAUGAGCCUCUUGUUUUAGCUCAGUUGCAGGAACUGACGCACAACUACAUACCGCACGACUUGGCAUCCAGAGAGACAGAUCUGCCACAGAGUAUGGCUGGAAAGUUCCAGUUGUUCGCUGUGCUUCUGCGUUACUGUGAUCCGCAACUUGCCACUCACCUCCUCGACACAGUUGAGUGCGGUCCCGAACUAUUUGCGGUUGGAUGGUUUCUCGCGCUUUUUGCACACGGCUUACCAAUGGCGAAAGUGUUUCUUUUGUGGGAUUUCCUCUUCGUGUAUGCUGCCGUUUUCCCACACUGCCUUGCUGUCCUUUGCCUUGCCGUUCUGUUGCAGCACCGCGAGCAGUUGAUGUCGCACGACUUCUCUGUAUGUGUGGGCGCGCUCAGCCGUGCGAGGGAUAUUGAAGUGCGGAUCGUGUUGUAUAACGCCUCACUAUUGCUGCGAAGCACACCGCCGCUAGUCGGGGGACCGUGCGCUCCCACAGGCCAGCCCCACAGUAGCAGCAACUCCGUGCCACGCAUGAGGGUGCGGACACUUCUUCAGGCAUUUCGCCGCGUCCCUUUCGAUGAAACGCCGUAUGGGGAAGAGUGGACCCGCAACGGAUUAUUCCUCGUGGAUCUACGGGAAACGAGGGGUGGUACAGCAAGCCUUGAGCUGGAAGGAGAGGAGCAGAUGUGGUCAACGCAGCGCGAAACGGAGGAGCGUGUUGUUGGAGCUCUGCUCUUUCCACUUGUGUCUUGCCAGCAGGACGGUGCGGAAAUAGAUGUGAUGCAGCAGGAGCUUCAAGGGCGGUUGGCUGUGCAAUUGGCUUCUGAACUCUUAUCACAAACACGUAACAUCGCUUUAGCAGCCGUUCCACCGGUACCGUCGUCGGGGUCGCGACCGAGCGCAGGGAUGAGACAGUGUGAAGAAAAUCCUGCCGCUGGAACACAGCCAGAGGUCAUUGCGAAACACUCAGAAUGUCCUCAUAUUGUACUUUUUACACAUUCUUCGAACCUAUGUGAGGUGGCCACUUCAGAGUUGCUUGCGAGGGAAUUAAUGCGUUGCGGUGCACCACAUGUUUCAAUUUUGCUUGGCGGCUUUGUACAGUUGAAGCGGGAGGCAGCUGAUCUCAUUGUGGAAAUGGUCCCUACUUGA